AUGGUUCGAUCUACGGGUGUUUUAGCUAGUGCUUGGCUAUUUCAAGCUGCCUAUGGAGCUACCUUGACUCACGCAGCAAGCACCACCGCUAGCACGGCAUCCUCUCAAUUCACUGUCCCCGCUGCAGCUGAUGUAGGAGCCAACCUCAUUGCCAAUAUCGAUGAUCCGCAGGCAAUCAACGCGCAGUCUGCCUGUCCUGGCUACAAGGCAUCGGACGUCCACCAGGAUUCCAAUGGAUUGACGGCUACCUUGAAGUUAGCUGGCAAGGCAUGCAACGCAUAUGGAACCGACGUGGACUUAUUGGAUCUAUCGGUUAAGUAUCUUGCAACAGAUCGGUUGAAUGUUCAAAUUACACCGACGUAUCUGAGCUCUUCGAACUCUUCGUGGUUUUUGCUUCCCGAGGAUCUGGUGCCCCAUGCCAAGGCUGAUAAACAAGGGACAUCUGAAGCACUGAAUGACUUCGAGAUCUCAUGGACCAAUGAACCAUCUUUUGGUCUCAAGGUGACUCGCAAGUCUAAUAAGGAUGUGCUAUUUGAUACUACUGGCUCUACCUUGGUGUUUGAAAAUCAAUUUAUUGAAUUUGUCACCGCGUUGCCCAGUGACUACAACCUUUACGGAAUCGGCGAGCAUAUUCAGCAAUUGCGACUUCUGGAGAAUGCAACACUCACCCUUUAUGCUUCAGAUACUGGAGACCCAAUUGAUGGUAACAUCUAUGGAUCUCAUCCUUUCUACCUCGACACCCGCUACUACGAGGUCGAUGGGAAGGGUAGCCACACCCUGGUAUCCAGUGAUGACGCUGAUCAGUCCAAGGACUAUGUUUCCUAUUCACACGGUGUGUUUAUGAGAAACGCUCACGGCCAAGAAGUCCUUACUCGCUCGGAAAGUCUCGUUUGGCGUGCCAUCGGUGGUAGUAUUGACUUGACUUUCUACGCUGGACCAACCCAAGCAGACGUCACCAGAGACUACCAAAUCAGUACCAUUGGUCUUCCAGCGAUGCAGCAGUACUUCGCAUUUGGCUACCACCAGUGUCGCUGGGGAUACCAGAACUGGUCUGUCAUGGAUUCUGUCUUGUCCAACUUUGAGAGAUUUGAAAUUCCCUUGGAGACUCUCUGGAACGAUAUUGAUUACAUGAAGACCUAUCGCGAUUUUGAUAACGACCCAAUUCGUUUCGGCUAUACCGAGGGCGAGGAGUUCCUACAGAAACUACACGAUGGUGGCCGUCACUAUGUUCCCAUUGUCGAUUCUGCUAUUUACGUGCCGAACCCCAAUAACGCGUCUGAUGCAUAUGAACCUUAUACUCGCGGCGCUGAGGACAGUGUCUUCUUGACUAACCCCGAUGGAAGCAGUUAUAUCGGUGCUGUCUGGCCUGGAUACACAGUUUUCCCUGAUUGGCACAAUCCCAAGGCCCGUGCUUACUGGGCAAAUGAACUUGUUCUCUGGCACCAAAAGAUUGCCUUUGACGGAAUUUGGAUUGACAUGAGCGAAGUCUCAUCUUUCUGCGUUGGAAGCUGCGGAAGCAACAAUCUGACCUUGAACCCGGUCCACCCUUCGUUCUCACUCCCGGGAGAAGCGGGAAAUAUUAUUUUCGAUUAUCCCGAAGGAUUCAAUAUCUCGAAUGCGACCGAAGCUGCAUCCGCCAUUGCAGGUUCUUCGAGCCAGGCUGCUGCUGCUGCAAGCACUGCCGGAACCGAAUCAACCACAACGACGCCUUACCUUCGCACUACUCCUACCCCGGGCAAGCGCGAUAUCAACUACCCCCCGUACGUCAUCAAUCACGAUCAGACAGGCCAUGACUUGGCUGUCCACGCUGUCUCUCCGAAUGCCACACACGUUGACGGUGUUUCGGAAUAUGAUGUGCACAAUCUUUGGGGCUACCAAAUCCUAAACGCCACUUACCAGGGUCUACUCGCGGUGAACUCGGUUAAGCGGCCAUUCAUCAUUGGCCGUUCAACGUUCGCAGGAGCCGGCAAAUGGGCAGGUCACUGGGGUGGUGAUAACGCUUCCAAGUGGGCAUAUAUGUUUUUCUCUAUCCCGCAGGCACUGUCGUUCUCCCUCUUCGGUAUCCCCAUGUUCGGCGUGGACACCUGCGGCUUCAAUGGAAACAGUGACGAGGAGCUCUGCAACCGCUGGAUGCAACUUUCCGCAUUCUUCCCCUUCUACCGCAACCACAACGAGCUCUCAACUAUCGGCCAGGAACCGUACCAAUGGGCCUCUGUCAUUGAUGCAUCCAAGUCAGCCAUGAAGAUCCGUUAUGCCAUCCUUCCUUACUUCUACACCCUUUUCCACCUGGCCCACACCACCGGCUCGACGGUCAUGCGCGCUCUGGCCUGGGAAUUCCCCACUGAUCCCUCCCUGGCUACCGUCGACACCCAGUUCUUGCUGGGGCCCUCCAUCAUGGUGAUUCCCGUUCUCGAGCCGCAAGUCGAUUACGUCCGCGGAGUCUUCCCCGGUGUCAAGCAGGGUGAGAUCUGGUAUGAUUGGUACAACCACACUGCCGUUGAUGCCCAGCCAGGAGUGAACACCACUAUCUCCGCUCCUCUUGGCCACAUCCCUGUGUUUGUUCGUGGCGGCAGCAUCAUUCCCAUGCAGGAACCCGCUCUGACUACCCGCGACGCCCGCAACUCUCCAUGGUCACUUCUGACAUCUCUUGAUGGAAGCCAGUCUGCCUCGGGACAACUGUACCUUGAUGACGGAGAGAGUGUUACUCCCAGUGCUACACUCAGUGUCUCCUUCACGGCUUCCCAGUCUGGUAUCUCGGCUAUUUCUCAUGGAAACUGGAAAGACACAAACCAGCUUGCCAAUGUCACCGUGUCGGGCUUGAAACUCCCACACGCGGGUUUCAGUACCGGUAAGGGAUCUGUGGCUCUCACCUUGAAUGGCAAGAAGGUCUCGUCGGCGUCGGCCAUUUACAAUGCCGAUUUGCACAUCUUGUCUAUUACCGGCCUGCAAUCUCUGUUCAAGGGCGGCGCUUGGGACCAAAACUGGGUGUUAAAGUGGUAG